AUGGCCCCCCUGGCUCACACCCUGGCACUGCUGGCAAUGGCCAUGGCCACUGCGGCCAGUGAUGUGAUGCCCCUGGACAUGGCCCCAAACUACUUCGAUGACCAGUACCGGGGCUGCGGCCCUGCCAUGACCGUGGUGUUGCUGGCCCUCAACUGCUCCAAGUUCCAGAAGAAUCCUGUGUUCACCCUGCUCUGGGUGAAGGCUGCGGCUGAGUGGCGCAAGCGGGGCUUCCGUGUGUCCCCUCUGUCGUCUCCAGCCCAGGCCAUCGCUGUCAUGGCCUACUCAAUGAAGUACAUGUACAGGCCGUUCAAUGAUGCCGUGCGUGAGGCCGGGAGCUCCCCCCAGGAGUACAGGGACAACUUUUACUUCAAAACGUUGCAUUUCCUGCUGACCCAGGCCCAGAGGACACUGAGGCAUGCUCAGAACCUGCAGUGUCGCCACAUGUUCUGGGGCGUGCAUGACGCCCAGUUGAAGGUGUGGCGUAGGCAGAGAGUCCGGUUUGGUCAAUUCAUGUUGACGUCACUGAGCAAAGAGAUCGCCCAGAAAUACGGGAUGGACACGAUAUUCCAGGUGGACAUGUGCCAUGACUUGGACAUCCAGGCUUUUUCCUCCUACCAUAGCUACUGUGAGGUGCUGAUCCCGCCAUAUGAAACCUUUUAA